UGAAGGCAACAAUGUUGAAGUCAAUUCUUAUACUGCUAGUGAUCUGGAGUCAGACCAACGCUGGUCUUCAUCGUGAUGACGUCACCGAGGGCACCGAACUAAUUAUGAGCUUCUUGAUACACAGACAUGGAGAUAGGACCCCUGUGGAGUCGACUGUAUCAUACUCGACCGACGUUGAAGCUUUGGAAGCAUUGACAGCACCCUACGGUUACGGACAGCUUACACUUCCUGGCAAAAGAUCUGCCUAUAGACUAGGCCAGCAUAUCAGGCAACGCUACAAUGAACUUUUAUCGCCACACUACAACAGAUCCGAAGUUUAUAUCAGAUCAACAGACAUAACCAGAACUAAGAUGACCAUUCUAACUGCUCUGGCUGCUAUCUACCCCCCAGCUGGUGAAACGUGGAACCCCAAGCUUGCUUGGGAACCCGUACCGUAUACCACUGUGCCUGUGAAGUAUGAUUUUAACAUGGCUUUAAACAACUGCCCGGUCUUCGAUGCAGCAUACCAAUCGCAGUUGUUCACUUCGGUCCCAGAAGUCUCAGCUAAAAUGAGCAAUGUACUUAUAGCUCUAUCCAACCAGCUCGGCUUCGACAUUACCAACAGGCCAGCUUUAGUGUUCCCAAUUUAUGAUGUCUACACCAGCCAGCGCAAUCUUGGAUUGAAAUUAACCCCGGAACUUGAAGACAUUUUUGGAUUAAUAGAAGAAGCUGCUAGUGAAUCCAUCGCAUUGAUUUUUGGACUUGACGAAUAUAUUCCCUUACAAGCAGGAGUGCUUCUCAAAGAAUUCUACACGUACGCUGACCUGGCCAUCUCUGGUGAGGACACUCCCAGGCUGAGGCUCUACUCGGCCCACGAUUUCAACGUGUACUCGUUCGAAGCCGUCACCAAGGUGAACCGGCAAGGGGUGCCCAAGUACGCGUCAGCGUAUACCUUGGAACUCAGGAAGGUCACCAGCACUGGGAAAUACGUUGUUCUGCCCGUGUAUCUACCGUCUCCUCGCGAGGAAGUGGUCUACCUGCAAGUGGAAGGCUGCGACGUGCUCUGUGACUACGACCAGUUCGUGGCUCUGACUGAAGGGAACUCCAGGGACAUCGACUCCUGGAGGGACGAGUGCGGCUUCACCGAAGACCUGGUGGUUGAUGGGUCUUCAGAGGAUUAGAAUUUUUACCCUGUUACAUACAAUAUAUAUUAGCUUUUGCCCACAACUUCGUCCCGUGGGAAUUUCAGGAAAUCCCGUCUUGGCGUUCCCCUACAUUGUCCUAGGAACCAACACGCCAAAUUUCUACCUUCUACGCCCAGUAGUUUCGACUGUGCGUUCUCUGUCAGUCAGUCAGUAAAGCAAAAUUUUAUAUAAAUAGAUAUAUGUAUUACCAUAGCAAGCUUAAGCUAAAUUUUGUGGUUGUUUAAACUUUAGUUUUGUCACAAUAUUCUCAUUUGCUCUGCAACAAAUGUUGUUGUA